AUCACUGUUGCUGCGGUUUUGAGUUGUGCAGACAAGACGCAUCGCUGAAAGCGGAUGCUAAAAAGUCGGUUUGCGUGGCGGAAGAACCAUGUGAUGAAUCUCGUCCACAAUGCUCGACCACAGCGACGAUUAGCACCAUAUAUUUCUCGUCGGUCAUUGACUUGCUUCGGAAACUCCCUUCGAGCUAUUGUGGGUCCGCUCAAAAUUAGGACUCCGUCUAUUACUUCACGGCGUGAAGACCGCUUGGUUCACGUUAAUCAUGUCCAAUCGCGGCAGAUGUCAUGGCUCGGUAGGCUGUUGCGCACUCGCCGUGAUUCCGAAGCUUUCGCGGCAGUGUCUGAUGGGCAGGACGAGGCAGCAAGAUCGGCGAUUCUGGAGAAGGUCAUGAAAGGUCGACAGCCUUCGGACCUCAUGCUCCGCUGUACAAUUCUGAAUUCCCAGGGCGAUGUAAAAACGAUUUCUGGUCAAUUUAAACGCCAAGAGCUAUGUUUAGAACAUAAACUAAAUCCCCGCGAUCUUCGCAAGAUUGAUUCUAGGAUCCCUAACCUUGUACCUACAAUUUUUGCACGGAAAGAGGCAAUUUUGAUCAAUAUUCUUCAUAUACGCGCUCUUGUCAAAGCAGACACUGUGGUACUGUUUGAUACUUAUGGCUCUGCAGACUCACGACUUCACUCGAUUUUUGUUUAUCAUUUGGAGCACAACCUCAAGGCGAAGGGGACGGGAUUACCUUAUGAAUUCCGGGCACUGGAGUCGAUCUUGCUUUCUGUUUUGAGUGCUUUGGAAGCUGAAAUGGUCUUUAUGCGCAAUCUCAUUGGUGGAAUACUAGCUGAGCUGGAAGAUGACAUCGAUCGUGACAAGUUCAAAAGGCUUCUACACUAUUCACGCCGGCUCACUGCUUUUCAGAAUCGUGCCAAAUUAGUUCAAGAAGCACUAGAGGAAGUUUUGGAGCAAGAUGAGGAUUUGGCGGCUAUGUACUUGACUGACAAGAAGAACAACCACCCGAGAAGUGCGGAUGAUCAUGAAGAUCUCGAGGUUUUAUUGGAAUCGUUCUCCAAACAGGUCGAAGAAAUCGUCAAUGAAGCAGAUACUAUAUCAUCUAACGUACAAUCUACUCAAGAAAUCGUAGAGCUUAUUCUUGAUUCUAAUCGCAAUGCGUUACUUGCACUGGACCUUAAAGUUUCUAUUGGAACGCUGGGCAUCGGGACGGGUGCUCUCAUCGCUGGUCUGUUUGGAAUGAAUCUGCAAAGCCAUUUGGAAGAGAGUCAUUGGGCAUUUGUCGGAAUGUCUGCAUUUGCAACGUCUGUCUCCCUAUUGAUUGCAUGGCUAGGCUUACGAAGGCUCGCCAAAAUCCGAAAAGUUGGAUUAUCGUCCAGUGCCAACGGUCGACGCAGCAUCAACAGAAGACCAUGGCUUCCCCUUCCUCUUCGCAAGCGAGGUCUAGACGAUUGGACGUGACCCCAUCUCUGAUUAAUACCGAGGCAUCGUCGUAAUUAGCACAUUCAUAUCUCGCUGAAUUGGACUAUGUCGGAUCGAUCCCUUUUAGACGAUGCUAAACAAUUUCUGUUACAUACGAAGAUCUAACCUCAAUGCACUUCUC